UUUAAUAACCAUAAUCAACAGAACUUGUCAUCUCAUUUCAGAGUUUAAACCAAUUGCUGUAAUAGAUCUAUAGAAAAAAUCAUAGUUGGGAUUUUUUUUUCCGUCAAACUUUGUUUUCUUUAACAACGCUAACACAUUAACAGUUGUACUUCCUUUUUUAAUGCUUUGCAUUCAAGUGUAGCGGUUUAAUAUUCAGGCUUCCUGUUUAAGUGCUGAGUGGCACUUUGACUCUUGUUUAUGACUCUCGGCUGUUUUUGUGUUGAUAUAAGUUUAAAUCACCAGAGGAAAAAAUCAGAAUAAGACAUUUAGCUAUAAUGGAUGGAAGCUCAUUAUCAUCACAGUCAGAGGAGGAAUCUUCAAAACAGCUGUCUGUUUCCAAAGAAAUCAAUGAACAAACAUCACUCCAGUCACGACAAGUGGAGGAUUUGGCCCAAACAGAGAGACUAAUCUCUGGAGAGGAACACUUAACAUUAAUCACAGAAAGCAUGUCAAUUACAUCUGCAGACCAGGAGAAACUUCAACUUCUUAACAAAAACACAGAGCUUCGCAGACUCAACAAAGAGCUUAUGAAGCUAAAUGAGGACUGGGACCAUAUCUACCGUAGCACAACUACAGGCCUGCAACAGCGCGUGGCAGAUCUGGAACAAGAAAGUUUAGCCCUCAAGCAACUCAACAGCAGACUCCUCAUCAAAGUGGAACAUGAACAGAAUAAAAGUGACUACUAUGAACACACGCUGAUGCAAGAGCUAAAAAAAAAUCAGCAUCUUCAAGAAUACAUCCGCCUCCUGGAGAACCGUCUUCAACACACUGAUACCCUGAAAGACUGGGGCUUAGGAACUCAGAAUAUGUCAGCUGUUAUCAGCCCACCAGAAGCUCAUGUCCUGGAGCUAAGUUCAAAAUCUUCAACUUCCACUGCUCUGUCUCUGGACCUCCACCACAGGACUAGGUCCAGCCGUGCACAUCCUGAAAGCCGCGAGAAGCAGAAUGAUGCCAUUAAGGAGGUUCAGGACCUUAAGGAGCAGCUGGAAGCCUUAAGGUGCCAGACUAAAAUCUAUGAAGCAGACUAUAAAAUUGAGCAGAAGGACCAUGAACGCAUGCUCCAAGAGAACAAGAGGCUCCGGCGUCGUGAGGGCGAGAUGCGGCAGCAGAUGGCGCUGUUGCAAGAACAGCUGAAGGUAUAUGAGGAUGACUUUCAUAAGGAGCGCUCAGAUAAGCAGCUUCUUCAGCGGCUUCUGAUGAAGAAAGCACCAGUGGGGCAGGAGCCAGCACUAAUCCACCGCUGUAAUAAUGACCAGGAGCGGCCAAGAGGAGAGAGAAGAAGGAUAAGAGAGGAACAGAGGGCAGCUGUCAUGUGUCCAAAACACUGUGAGAACCGAGGACACCUAGAGUAUCCCUAAGAUAUACACAGGUCUAGUUAUAAAUGUGACUGUAUUUAAGGCUACUUGGUAAAACAUCAAAAAAAAAGUAUUGUAAUUCAAAUUUUUCAGCCACUUUACACACGGAUUAAUAUAUAGACUUUAAAAUGUCUUUAUCUGAGGCUUUAUAUUUAGUUUUGUAUGACUGUUUUGAUGCUUAAAUUUUACAUUUUUUAUUUUCUUUCUUACUGACAAUGUUAAUGCCAAUUUGUAACAAAAUAUUUUAAAGGUUAAAUAUAUUAUUUUCUUUGCCAUAUAGUGCAAUUCUGCUUAUAACAAUAUACUAAUGGGGUGUUCCAAUAAUUUAAAAAGACCAUCAGAAAAUGAUUACACCAUAUUUUAUGCUAUUGCUAUUUAACUAGCUAGUAUGUUAUUUAUAUAACUAUUUUUUUAACUGGUUCACCUUGUGUUAAAAUAUGCUAUCACUGUUUAAAUUUAACAAGACUUUCUACAUUCUACAUAUUUAUAGAGAUGUUUAGGUCUAUAAAUAGUCUAGCACCUUAAAAAAUACUUAUUUAGUACACACACACACACACACACACACACACACACACACACAUAUAUACAUAUACCACUGGUUUUAUUUUAAAAAAUGUGAAUAUACCACAAUAAAAGAUUGAGAUUUAUUUAACUGUACAUUUGGCUCUUUAUAAUACUGUACAUUUGGCUCUGAAUUACAGCAUGCUGUUAUUGUUUUGUUGUAAUGUAAUGGUUGUUUUGUUGAAAAUACAUAAGCAUAUAGUUACACACUGAAAUAAUAGCAAUUAUUAAUUCUUAUGUUGUAGGCUAAUAAUCUUAGAAGCCAAACACAUUUCAUAUUCUUUCAAUGACUUGGCAAACACCUGUCAUGGGGUCAUGCACUGCAUGAAACAAUGUUAUGAUGACCUGUAAAUAAUCUGUGAAUGCUUAAAUAAACAGUCUGCUGAAAUACUGUAUCAGGUACAUAAAACUUAUAUUGUGUAUACACUUUAGGCUGGGCAUAAGUGCAUACUGUAAAAUGUAUAUUGACCAAAGAACAAUUAAUUCAUCAAUACAUUUUCUGCAACACAA